AUGACGAACGAUCUAUACAGACAGAACUAUGGAAAGGCCAAGGCCGCAGUGGAUGCCAGAAACAUUGACGAUGCUGUCGCCACAUGUAACACCCUGCUCGCCGACACAGAGCUUCCUCGCUACUAUCGUAUCAAAACACUAGUAUUGCUAGCUUCAGCAAACAAAAACUGGCGUCAGAAAGAGGAUUUACGAUUACGUGCUGAACACACAUGGUAUGAAUCACGGAAUUUACACCCUAAAGGUCAAAACGACACAACCGAUGCUGUGCUAAAGGAACUUCGUGGCAUCUUGGAUGAAUUCAAGACCGAUCAGACCAAGAACAUGCCGCUAAACUACGAAGAUGAAUUGUCUGCUGCUCUGGCCGAGACGGAGAUUGAGGAUCUGGCCGAUAUUGCAGAUGGAGAAAUUGAGACCUUGGCCGAUGAAGAGUACGCUCGUGAACAGCAAGCAAAAGAUGGACCGCCAAUCGAACUCGCAAAGUCCGCUGUGGCCGAUACAGAGGCGGAGGUCGCCAUACCUGGUUCAUCACCCAAUGCCUCUUUUGCGCCCGCUUCAACCCUCAAGGCAUCUCAAGACAUCUUGAUCAAUCAGACGCGCGAUGGUCAAACUGCAGGUACUAGGAUGGCACAUCGCACCCGUGGCGUUGGAAGACGUCCUUCCUCUUGAGUCACGUCAGGCGCCACGUCCAUCUUGCGCAACCUUUCUUUUCUCCCGGUCCAAUCAUGAACCAGUGGCCAGGUCAAGUUAGCAUUAGGAAGAGCGAGAAGGCACAAGUCUCCUUUAGUAAUGUCGCA